CCAACCUCUUUCUCUCUCUCUCUCUCUUGGAUGGAGGGCUCCGCAUUGAGUACCCAAUUUCCGCCAACGUACUAGGAAAUGGCGAAGGAAACAAGUUGAUAAAAGGGGGGUUGUGAAGUUCUUAUAAGUGUGAAGCCUCUUUCCAGUCCUUUCUACUCGAGAGACGUCGAGGAAGGUCCGGCAAGUCGGGCGGGAUUCGUCGAAGGAUUAUUCCUUUCUCAACCAGAUUAAGCUAGGUAGGCCUUAUGUUGGAGCCAUUCCAUCGCUGUAGUCUAUUCUCGACCGUUGGAGCCAAUAUACCGCCGUCGCCGAUUAAGCUAGAUAGGCCUCAUGUUGAUCUUGUAAGCGAUCCUGCCUGUUGCGAGAAUUAUCCACUUGCUGGUUUGCACAUAAAGCCUCUUUCCGAAGGCGUGGGCUUGCAAAGUCUAAGACUAUGGAUGAGCAUAUGCAACAAAAUGACAGACCUGAGAUCCGUUCACAUUUACUUGUCUCCAAACUUUGCAAUUUCGAAAGAUGGAGGAUAUCCCUUUUCCUGGUGGUGAUUGAACAUUAGGUCUUCAAUAGGGUUACGCUAGAGCGGCACACCAGGGUUUUAAGGUCAGUGCAGGUAUAUUUGUUGCUGCAUUGCUACAAAUUCAUCUUGCGAUGGCCAAUUUAAGCAGUGGCGCAGCAUUAGCCGAUGCAGUUAGAGAGCUAUUGGAUGCUGUUUUGGAGGCAAAAGUUCGUAUUCCAGAGAUUAAAGACCAUAUGAAGCGGCUUAAAUAUGCAUUGGAAUCUCUAAGUCCUCUAAUUCAAGAAGCGAAACGACUAGACAUGGUGUUGACCGAUCAUCAAAGAGAAGAUAUGAAUGGUCUCUGCUGCCAACUGAGAGAAGGUAAAGAGCUAGUUCUUAAGUGUUCCAAGCUUUGCUGUUUUAAUCUUUGGAAGAAGCACAAGUAUGCAAAAGGAUUAACUGAGCUGGAGACCGAAAUUUUGAGGUUUUCACAGGCGAAUUCACAAACCGAUACAUGGGUGGACUUGAAGAAACUUUUCUCAUUGAAAGGGUUAGACGAAAAAUUAGAUGUCUUAGGUGGAAAGAGAGGCAUGGUUGUGGAUCUAAGUAAUUCUACUAAUGGGCCACCCAGACUUCCAGAAAAAGUGUUUGGCUUGGAAGGGCCUUUGAGAGAGUUGCAAACAGAACUGUUUCUGAAAGAUGUAUCUGUUGUUGGAGUCUGUGGUCUUCCUGGGUGUGGGAAAACAACCUUGGCCUCAAUGCUUUGCAGAGACAAGAUAGUUAGAGAAACUUUUAAGGACAGAAUCUUUUUUUUCACCGUUUCAAAUUCACCUGAUGUACUUGGAAUCCUCCAAAGGAUGUGGAGACAGUUGGUCAAAGCAAAAGAUAUGCCUAGGUUCUUCAACGAGGAAGAUGCAGUGAAGCAGCUGUCAGACAUUCUGAGUUACACAGAACUGCAACCUGUCUUGGUGGUCUUGGAUGAUGUUUGGUCUGAGUCAGUUCUUGAGAAACUUAUAUUCAGAAUUCCAAAUCUGAAAACAGUGAUCACAUCACGGACAAAAUUUGAACUGUUAGAUUCUACUUAUUCUCUAAGAACUUUGAAAGAGUCGGAUUCCAUGGACUUGUUCUGUCACUCAGCUUUUGUUCAAGACAAUGCCUUCGGUGACACCUAUAAGGAGUUUGCCUACCAGAUAGUGAGAGGCUGCAAAGGUCUGCCGCUGGCCCUGGAAGUGAUAGGGCAUUCACUGAGGCAUAAACCCCUGACAAUCUGGCAUUCUACAGUAGAAAUGCUUAGGCAAGGAGACAGAGUUUUUGAUGACCACAAAGACUUACUCAACUGCUUGUCAACCACGCUAACUUCUCUAGAUGAUCAACUUCGCAAAUGCUUUGCAGACUUAGGCUGCUUUCCUGAGGAUGAAAAGAUCCCAGCAACUUCCCUGAUCGACAUGUGGAUUGAACUAUAUGGCCUAAGUGAGCAUGAAGCCUAUGUGGCUUUGUUAAAACUUUCUGCCAGAUAUCUGGUGACUCUUGUUGAAAGAACUAGGAAUGAUGCUGUUGAGGAUGGAAUCUUCAAUGACCUGUUUGUUUUUCAGCAUGAUCUACUAAGAGACUUGGCCAUGUAUUCUGCUAAGGGCACCCAUGUAAACCAAAAUGCCAGACUGUUAAUGAAUCAAAGAGAAGAUGUACUUCCUAAUAGCUGGAAGGAACACACUUAUCAACCUUUUCUGGGACAGGUUGUUUCCAUGCACACAGGUGAGAUGAAUUCUUCAAGCUGGUUUGACAUGAAACUUCCCAACACUGAAGUCAUGAUCUUGAACUUCAUGUCUGAGACUUAUUACUUGCCUCCUUUUUUGGAGAAUAUGGAAAAUUUGAAGGUUCUAAUUGUUGCAAAUCAUAGCUUGAGCCCCGCAGAUCUAAGUGGUCUGCCAAAGUUGGAUUCUCUGAAAAACCUUAGCAGAAUCAGGUUAGAGAGGAUAUUGGUCUCCUCCCUUUCUGCAAUUAAAGUGCCACUGCCGGCCUUAAAAAAGUUAUCACUGUUUUUUUGUGACGUUGAUGAGGCCAAUUGCAACUCAGGACUGGAUAUUGCAGACAUGUUUCCAGAGGUCACAGAACUCGAGAUUGACUAUUGCAGUAAUUUGGUGCGUCUACCUCCUGGAUUAUGUGAGAUCAUCAAACUUCAGAAGCUGAGUUUGUCAAAAUGCCCUGAUCUAAUUGAGCUACCAGAGAGGAUUGGUAAUUUAAGCAAUCUGGAGGUUCUAAUCCUGCACGCUUGCACAUCAUUGGAAGACUUGCCAGACUCGCUAUGCAGACUAAAGAGCCUCAGAUUUUUUGAUGUGUCUGACUGUGCAACCAUCAGUAGCUUCCCUGAUAAAUUUGGUGACCUGACAGGUUUGAGAAAGAUCAACAUGAGGUGGUGUUUGCAGGUGACGGAGCUGCCUGCAUCUGUGAAGCAAAUGGAAGGUCUAAGGGAGGUUGUUUGCGAUGAAGAUACAGCGGGCUUGUGGGAACCUUACAAAUGUAUGCUCAAGGAUAUGGAACUGCAUGUGGUUAAAGAGGAAGUGAAUUUGAAUUUUCUCACUUAAGUUCAGGUUCGAGGUUUGGGAAGUAUUUCGACUUUGUUUCUCUUUUGUUAUUUCUUGUGUAUGUAUGUGUGUCACUGGAGCUUUCUAGUUGUGGAAACUGUUGCUAUGUUUGCUUAGAUGUACUUUCUGUUAACAAUUUAAAUAAAAAUCUCAUUGCAUGUGAAA